AUGGCUCCCACAUUUCGCAUCCACCGGCCGGAUGUUCUGGCGUCGUUGCCGCGUCCUCUCGACCACACGAAGGGCCAGUACCACAUUGGCGAGGUGUAUACCCAAAAGGCUGGCUCGAAGAAGAGGAAGAGACUUGAAGUCGUCGUCGGUGUCGAUGGCGAAGCAGCCAACAUCUACCAUAUUCCUUCAUCCGGACUGCGAACUUCCUACCCGAUCCCGCCUCAAGAGUCGUUCACCUGCGCGCCGCACUCAAUCCGAUACCAAGAUUCUUCCGCAAAUGGUCGCAACAACUAUACAUAUCUGUCUACCCAAGACACGACUGGUGCCAAGAUCACUCUCUGCCGUGACGUUGUCGACGCGACCGGAAAGACCAACUCUUCGAGCACCUCGCAGCGCGUGCGCCAUAAGUCGCCGGUUACUUACCUCUUCACAUCUACUGCUGUGGAUGCGACCGGGACCGAACUGGACAAGGAUCAAAAGGGCGACGUGAUUGGACUCUGCAAAGAUGGCCAGGUCGUCUGCCUCGGCGCGGAGGAUUUGGAGCAGAGGUGGAGCGCUUCCUCGUACAACCUGUGCAAAGACUUGCUUCCAUCAACAGUCGCAAAGUACGAGGUGGAGUUUGCGCUUCACGCAACCGCUUCUGAGGUUUUGAAUGGCGUGUUUCAGGGCCGACAAGACGCUUUCGGCUCUUUUGGACGUCAAGUCGAUCCCAAGACCUUCAACCCGGAUGUCCUCACCAUCGUUGUCCGUGCCGAGGGUGAAAACACCGCAUCAAGGUUCCUCAUCGUUCUGGGCGUUCUGCCCACGGUUUCUUCGCAGCCUCUAGUCCAAAUUCACACCACCCCUCUGCCAUCUCAGGAAGAGACCUUGGCAGAGACUGCCAGCUACCAGCUCCACGUUCAGUCCGGCAAGCUGCUCCAGCUGAGCGGACCCGUCCUCCGAACUUACGAUCUCACGAGCGCCGUACCGAAGCUUCAGGGACGUCUGCCGCUCGCCGAGAACACCUCGUUCCUCCAAAUCUCGGAGCACUCGAUUCUCAGCCUGUCUUCCAAGACCGCCAGCAUCCUGAACCCCACCUUCUAUUCGAUUCAAGCGUCGACAAAGGUUGAGCUCCCCGAGGGCCACGACCAGGCGCCGAGGCUAGUGACUUUCCUUUCAAAGCUCGAUAUGGCUGUGUCGGUUGUUGGCAACACUCUCGUCUCCAUCCAGAUUGAGCGUCCCAAGUCCCACGGGAAGGAGGGUCUGCUUAUCGACUCCAUCGGCCGAGGUCUGCCGAGAGGAGACAGAGUGCCGGCCAGUUUGCCCAAGGGAUCUGGCAACAACACAUUUGAGCAGUAUCUCCCUGGUACGCUUUCCGACGCGUACGUCAAAGAGUCGCUCACAGAUGUAGAAAAGGCAGAUGGUUUCCUGCUGGCGCAGGACUGGAAGGCGUUUGAGAGCUUGCUAGCUCAGAGAUUUGGUGUUGCUAUCGACGAAUCCGCCGUUCUUGAUGGAGUGCAAACCCCAGACUGGAAGUGGUUGGAACGAUCAGAGACGUACCCUGCCGUGGAUCGCCGGUGGGUACUCUACGCUAUCAGCAGAGUGUUCACGGUGGACACGUCAGGACCAGAAGCCGUUUUGCGCUGCGUCCUCCCUGCCAGCAAUGUCUUGAUCUACCUCAUCUCGGCCGGCCACCUCACAAAUGCCAACAUGACUGCAGCUUUCAAGGGCGAGAUAGCUGAAGGGGCCCAGGAGCCGGUUGUGGACAAGCUCAUCCAGCGACUCGCCGAUAUGGACCCAAUGAUGGAGCUACUUAUGAACUACGUUUCAUCGACCAAGCUCGGCGAGAGGGAGCUCCUCCUGGUCAUCCGAAUCAUCAUGCGCAGCCUCGACCAGCAGUCCAGGCUGCUUCUCCCCGCGCCCAAGGAGACGAAAGAGGAGGACUACGUCGAGAUGGAAAUCGAUCACUUGGAGAAGGAGUUGGAGCUGGCCGAGUGCCAUCUGGGAGACGACUCGAACCUCCGCGCCCGAACCCUCACGACGGCAUUUGAGAAGCUCGCCAACUACUCUUCUGUAGCGACAGUGCGGGCUCUGCGGGAGACUUUCAACCCCACCGAGGUCCUCUCCCUUAUCCACCUCCUGAGAGUACAGCUGAUCGGCAGCGCGUGGACCUCAAGAUACGUCGACACCACAAACUUUGACCGCGACGAUGCUUCAAGAGCCCCUCCCGACGGUGCUAUCUCCCUUAUUGCCGAGCUUCUGUCCCGCUGCAUCGACUCGGUCGGCCCCAGCGGCUGGCUCACCAACGGCUUCUCCGGCGACCAAGCAGAUGCGGCUGACUUCAUCACCGCCCUGAAGCUCGAGGUCAGCGCCGCCCUGGAGGGCCUUGAGGAGGCCGUCACGUUGGGCGCCUUCGUCGGUGACGCGGUCCAGUACGGCAGCACUGCUGCAUCGGCUGCAAAGUCCUCAUCAGCCGCACGUGGGCAGCAGAAGCCGGUGUCUCUCGAGGUGGAGAUCUCGCCUCGUCUGCCGCUGGGCCUGGUGUCUAAGCAGGCCGUGGCCAACCACAAGAUCGUCUCGGGCGGUGAGGUGCUCGAGAGGACCUCGCGUGAGAGGGGACUCCUGCUGAGUCAGAAGGUCAAGGCGUACUCGCUGGAGAGGAUUACCAUUUGA